GUUUUGUUUUGUUUGAACAACAUGAAUAUUCCCAGAAAAAAAAACAAUAUGGAAUCCUGUCUAGAAUAAGGAGACAAAGUUAGCCUUUCACCCAAAAACAAAACAAGCGUCUAACUCUCUAGUACCCAUUCUUCCAUUUCGCUAAAAUCCUAAACCCUACCCACAAUGUCGGACAUUCCACCUGAAGUUAUCAGUCACAUAUUUUCUCGACUUCCAGUCAAGUCUUUGCUCAGAUUCAGCUGUGUUUCCAAACCAGUCAAAGCCCUUAUAGACAGCACAAAGUUCAUCCAAGCUCACCUAAAGCAACAAAUGCAUAAGCCCAACUCUCUUAUUCUCAAGGCCAACAACAAAGCUCACAACAUUUUCUCGGUUGACAACUUCAGUUCAACCCAACAACCACAACCAAAAGAGCUUGACCACCCACUAAACCAACCCUUUGGUCCAACUCAGGUAUUGGGUUCUUGUCGUGGUUUGCUUUUAAUAUCUAACAAUAUGAGUGAAAAUCGUGUUUGGAAUCCAUCAACCAAGAUGUUUAGGAAAUUGCCUGUGUGUCACUUUAACCCUGAAAGUAAAACUCCAAAGGGACGUGGUCCGGGGUUGGCCCAAAUUUGUGGUGGUUUUGGUUAUGAUGUUUAUGGUGAUGAUUAUAAGGUGGUUAUGAUAGGUCAAUGGUAUCACCCUGAUGAUAAUCUUUCCUUAGUUUCUGCGACAAUGGUUUAUAGUUUGAAGUUUGGUGGGUGGAAGAAGGUUAAGGAGGAUUGUCCUUAUUGGUUGCUUAAGGAAGAUAACGGGACGUUUGCUGGAGGCGCGUUGAACUGGAUUGUAACUAAGGAACCAUUAGUGAGGUCGAGCCCGUUAAUUCUUGUUGGUCUUAACCUUGGAAGUGAGAGGUUUGAGGAGAUGCCAUUUCCUGAGAAUUUCAGCAAGCCAAUACAAUUUAAUUUGGCAGCUUUGGGUGAACGCCUUUGCUUGAUUUCAGGUCACGUCACGAAUGCGAAGGAAAAUGUGUUGGAUCAUGUUGAUGUAUGGAUGAUGAAGGACCGGUCUUGGGUUAAGUUGUUUAAAGUUGACCAGUUAGAGGGUCGUCAACAUUUUACUUAUCUGAGGCCAAUAGCAUAUUCAGUUACUGGUAAGGAAGUUCUUAUGGAAAUGGAUGGUAGGAAGUUUCUUUGGUAUAGUCUUGAAAAGAAAUCCCUCAAACAUGCUAAGAUUAGUGGUGGAUUGGACUGUUUUGAAACCUUCGUCAGUUUUGAUACCCUUGUCCCUUUAUAUGAAAAGCAUGGGAAGAAAGGGAUUGAGGAACGAGAUGUCUCGGUGAUAGAGGAAUGCAAGUUGGAACUCUGAAGCAACAUUAAAAUUAGAGGGCGAGUGCGUUCCAGUUUAAGAAGGGAUGCAAAAUAGAGAAGCCCCUUCCAUUUAUCUCUGGCUAUACAUAUAUAUAGAGCUAGUGCAAUAUCUGACACUUACCUUCUGUUAGCAAAACAAAUUGUUGUUGUUGCUAACUUUAAUCAGUUGAUGUAAGUGCUAUUCCGCUAUCUGGUAUAGACAUGUGUAAAAACUACCUGAUGAUGUGGUACUA